CACGUCAUAUUCUGUGAUAUUUGAAUGUGUUACUUCAUUUUUUGUAUUAUAAUAGCUGAUUUGGGGGUAUAAAGGAACAACAAUAUAAACUUCCACUCGUCUGUCAUUGCAAUGAUUGACGCACGGGGGCGCUACUGACUCCCAUCGCGCAGAGCCAUCACGUAUUUAUUUUUUUAAAUGUUUUUUUUUUUUUUAACGAAACACUUACUGUAACUUAAAUGUACAUCUGCGGCCUAACAAAAGGUAGACUUUCAAAUGAUCAGUAUUGUGAACUAAAGUAUUAAAAAACAUUUGUUUGCCAUUUAUUUGCUCUUUUUGGUUUCAAAAUACUGUAUUUUUAGGAACGUUCGUUUUAUUUUGUGGCAAUCUUUUAUAUGACAUUGUUAUUCAAAUAAAGAUUACAAAAAAGAAAACCAUGGUAACUGUGAGGGCGGGCACGAUAACAACUGCCGUAAAACAAGUUGGAUCAAAGUGACGUAACUUCACGCAUGCGUGGACCAAUCGUGUAAGCGGAAAAAACAAGAUGGCGUUUCGAUGAAGAAGACGUUAGUGUGUCUAUAGUAGUUUUCUGUUCUUAAUCAGUGCGUACGUGUACACAAAAAUGUUGUUUGAUAGAGAAAACGUCGUUAAUAUUUGUUUGUGUCCGAUACAUUGGUCAAAGUGCACUUUGACGCUUUUCGUGCGAGUUUAGCUUGUUACUUAAUUAGCUUAGCAUGUUAGCUGCUAACACGUCUCUAAGCAGAGAUCAAGUAUGAGUGUGAAGUGUUGCGAUUGUGUCAAACUGUGCGAAAGAACGUCCGAAGAGGACAUUUCUUCAACAAAAGAGAAGAACGAGCGACGACAUCAACUGCUGGACGCUGUUUUCAAGAAACAUCAAGUUGUGUUACACAGAGCAGACGUCCAGCAGCCUCCUCGUAUAAAAGAGGAAGAGGAGGAACUGUGGGUCACUCAGGAGGAGGCUGAUCUCACCAUGUUUCCACUGACUGUUGUCUCUGUGAAGACUGAAGACCGUGAAGACAAACCACCUGAGUCCUCACGGCUUCAGCACAGUCUAAACGUCUGUAAAGAACAUCUUCCCGAGCAGCAGGAAUGGUCCCCUAGAAUGAAGCAAGAGGAGCCACAGCCAACCCACUUUAAAGGGGAAGAUGAGGACCCUCAGCCCUCACAAAUUAAAGAGGAAGAAGAAGACCCACAGCCCCUUCAUUUUAAAGAGGAAAAUGAAGAGCCACAACCCCCUAUGUUAAAAAAGAAGAUGAUAAGCAACAAUCUCCUGCCCCACAUUAAAGAGGAAGAGGAGGAACACGGCAUCAGUCAGGAGGGACAUUAUCUUGAAGGACUGGAGGAGGUCGACGUCACCAAGGUGCCAUUGACUGUUGUGAUUGUGAAGAGAGAAGAUGAUGAGGGCAAAGGUGAAAGUGAGGAGAGGAGAGAGGUGGAUUUUCCAAGCAGCAGCUCAACUCAACACAUGACAACAGAAGCUGAUGGAGACCACUGUGACAAGCUUUUAGCUCCACUAUCAGAUAGUGACGACACAACGUCACACUCUUCUGACUCUGAUGAUGAAGACUCUGAUGUUGAUGAGACAUGUCACACUGACAACACACGCUUUCAAUGUCCUCACUGUGAUAAAACCUUUAAUUACCGGUGCAAUCUGAACUCACACGUGAGAAUACACACUGGAGAAAAACCAUUCAUGUGCUCCGUUUGUAAUAAAAGAUUCUCUCGGAAGGAUUAUUUGAUAACACACACCAGUAUGCACACAGGCGAAAAACCACUCGUAUGUUCAGUCUGCGGUAAAGGUUUCGUGCAAAUUCGUAAUCUGAAAGUACACAUGAGAACACACACUGGAGAAAAACCUUUUACGUGUUCCGUCUGCGGUAAAUGUUUUUCUCAAAAUUGUGAUUUGAAAAGGCACAUGAACUCACACACUGGAGACAAACCAUUCGUGUGUUCAAUUUGUAGUAAAAGGUUCACCCAGAAAAGAAGCUUGAUCAAGCACACAAGAGUACACACUGGUGAAAAACGGUUUGUGUGUUCAGUUUGUGAUAAAUGUUUUAUACAAAAUGGGGAUUUGAAAAGACACAUGAGAAUACACACCGGGGAGAAAAUGGUGAGUUGCAGUGUGUGUAAGGAAAGAUUCGCUUAUAAGUACCAGUGUGACAAGCACAAGUGUGCUGGUGAGAACAGCAGCAGCAAAUGAAGCUGCAGAAUUCCAAAAAACGGUGUUAACAUUGACUUUCGAACAACAUCAACACAUAUAACAAGUGUGACAUAAUUGUAUUGCGUGUAACACAAUCUUGUUAAUAUGCUUUUACCAUUUAUAAAUUAGAUUUUUAGGAUUAGUGGUAUUAUUAUUAAUAUACAACAUUGUGUACAUAUAUUUGUAAACAAUUGUCUAUUUUAUGUCCCUUUGUUUCAUGUUUUUUAAAUAAAAACAAAUACUUAUUGAGUAUG